GACAAGUGGAGCAAAAAGAUGGAUUUCCUCCUCUCGGUCAUUGGAUUCGCCGUCGAUCUGGGCAACGUCUGGCGGUUCCCUUACAUCUGCUACCAAAACGGAGGGGGAGCCUUCCUCAUCCCCUACAUGCUGAUGGCGGUUUUCGGGGGGGUGCCCCUCUUCUACAUGGAGCUGGCCCUGGGGCAGUUCCACAGGACGGGAGCCAUCCCCAUCUGGAAGUGCAUCUGCCCCAUCUUCAAAGGCAUCGGCUUUGCCAUUUGCAUCAUUGGCCUGUACGUCUCCUUCUACUACAACACCAUCAUCGCCUGGGCUCUCUACUACUUCUACUCGUCCUUCUCGGGCACCCUGCCCUGGGCGAGCUGCGACAACCCCUGGAACACUCCUGACUGCACCAACUACUUCGGGAGGAGCAACGUCACCUGGACCAACUUCUCCAGGUCCCCCGCGGAAGAGUUUUAUAUGAGGAAGGUCCUGGAGCUCCAGAAUUCCGGGGGUCUGUACGACAUGGGGGGAAUCCACUGGCAACUGCUCCUCUGCCUCUUCCUCAUCUUCACCAUUGUUUACUUCAGCCUGUGGAAAGGGGUGAAAACCUCUGGGAAGGUGGUUUGGGUGACGGCCACACUGCCCUACGUCGUCCUCCUCAUCCUGCUGGUCCGAGGGGCCACCCUACCCGGCGCCUGGAAAGGGAUCGUCUUUUACCUGCGCCCGGACUGGGGCAAGCUCCUGAGCACGGCGGUUUGGGUUGAUGCUGCCGCGCAGAUUUUCUUCUCCCUGGGCCCUGGAUUCGGUGUCCUCCUUGCUCUGGCCAGUUACAACCACUUCCACAACAACUGCUACCG